UGAUUUUUUAUUAAUAAUUCAAUUUAUUUCUAAACAUAUUAUAUUUAUAUUGCAUUUUUUUUCGCAUUUCUUUAUUUUUUAUGCAUAUUUAUCUGUUUUUUAGUGCAUAAACAUCCUAACCCUAAUUAUAGGUAUAACAUUAUAAUUUUAUAAAUACACAGCAGUUAUAAUAUAAAUUACAAUAUUUGUUAUAGUCUGUACUCAAAACAAAAUGUGAGAGUUUAGAGAAGGACAUUGUAAGUACAUGUAAGAAAAUUAUUUAAAAAAAAUAUGCUAAGUGUUAUUUUUAUAGGAAUUACUUAAACAAAAAUUGGUCACUGUUGAGGUGAAUGAUAAAACCGCAAUAGAUAUUGAAAAGAAAUUGGAGCAACAAAUUUUACAUAAUUCCCCCUCAUCUAGUAUGAGUAAUUAUGUAAAAUUAGAUGAUUUACAGCCACUUGAAUCCAAGAUUUCAUUUAUUGAAAAACUUGUCUGUUCAAAAAUGAAAAAAUUAAGUGUACAAGAUGAGCCAAGCAGUAUAAGCUCAGACGCAUUGAAAAUAAAUGAUAAUUGUACUGAAUGGUGGUGUCCCAAACAUAGUAAAUUUUUGGACAUUUUAAAUGGCAUCAAGAUUGGAGAGCAAACUGUAGAAGAUCAGUACCUUAUAAGAAAAGCCAAAGCUAGAUUUGUCUAUUGGGAAGACAAAAAAAAUAAAAACACGCCGAGAUGCCCAACUCAAGACCGUAAAAAAGGACAGGUAAUUCAUUACCAGCAACCUAAAUGUUGGCCGUAA